AUGAGGGCCUGUGUCCCCCUGCUAGUGGCCCUGCUCUGUGGCUUGGCCUGGGCUGGAAAAAUGGACUCGUGUGCCUCCCGCUGCAACCAGAAAUUUGACCGGGACGCUGCCUGCCAGUGCGACCGCCGGUGUCACCGGCAUGGGGACUGCUGCGAUGACUACGAGCACCUGUGCACAGGUGAGGAGGGCCCUCCCGAUCCUGUCCUGGAGCUGGAGGAGGAGUCCGAGGAAGCCCCGGCUAAUAACCUGUACUCAGCACCCAGAUCCUGCCAGGGCCGCUGCCACGAAGCCCUUGACAAGCACCACCCAUGCCACUGUGAUGCCCGCUGCCAAGAGUUUGGAAACUGCUGUGAGGAUUUCGAGCUCCUGUGUGACCAUGAGGGCUUCUCCCACACCAGGGACGCCAUAUCCCAGGAAGAGCUGGAAGAAAUCUCUGAGAAGAUCUACAUGUCGGACAUCAACAAGGCCCAGAAGGCAGACAUCAUUCUCAACAGCCAAAACGGUCAAAUCUCCCCUUCAGAGACCGGAGACCAAGUGGAUCGCUGCUCUGAGCCGCUCUACACCUAUGUCAAUGAGAAGCUGUUCUCCAAGCCCACCUACGACGCCUUCAUCAACCUCCUCAACAACUACCAGCGGGCCACGGGCCACGGGGAGCACUUCAGCGCCCAGCAGCUGGCGGAGCAGGAUGCCUUCCUCCGAGAGAUCAUGAAGACGCCAGUCAUGAAGGAACUCUACGGCUUCCUGCGAGCAAAGAAUCGCUACAGCUCGGAGCAGGAGUUUGUCGGUGACCUGAAGAACAUGUGGUUUGGACUCUAUUCGAGAAGCAAACAGGAGAGAGAUUCAAGUGGCUUUGAGCAUGUCUUUUCAGGUGAAAUCAAAAAGGGGAAAGUCACUGGCUUCCACAACUGGAUCCGCUUCUACCUGCAGGAGAAGGAGGGCCUGCUUGACUACUACAGUCACGUCUAUAAUGGACCUUGGGAAUCCUACCCUGAUGUGCUGGCCAUUCAGUUCAACUGGGAUGGCUACUAUAAGGAAGUGGGCUCCGCUUUCAUCGGCAGUAGCCCUGAGUUUGAGUUGGCGCUCUACUCCCUGUGCUUCAUCACCAGGCCAGGAAAACUGUGCCACUUAAGCUUGGGUGGAUACCCCCUGGACAUCCAGACCUAUACCUGGGACAAAUCCACCUACGGAAGCGGCAAGAAGUUCAUCGCCACAGCCUAUGUAGCGUCUUCCUUCCGCUAGAUCUCUGAGCAGAAGGGGCAGGAGGGCUGUGAGGGCUCUCACAAGAGUGGGGACCCUCUGCUCCUUGCUGGCACCGAGAGGGAGUCUCCAAUCCAGAGGUGCCAUGAUGGGAAAGCGAGACAUUAGGGAGGUACCGAGGGACGUGAAAUCUCCGUGCAUCGGAAUCCGAGUCGAGAUGAAGAAGAUGGGAGCCCUCCGCAGCUCUCUGCUCAGCUGGGUCGUGAAACCGUGAACAGUCCUUUGGUCUCUCUGGGCCUCGUGUUUCCCUUUCAUGUGAAGAACAGAGAAUCUCUCCCCACCCCCUUCCGGGGUUGACGAGAGGGCAAACUUGAUUCUGUUAUCACUGUGAAUUGUUCUCAGGAAGAACAGCUAAUAGAAAGUCAAGGUUAUUAUAAGAGUUGUUAGUGAACCCGGCUCUACACAUUACAAUUCACCCUCUACCCCCAUCCCUGCCCCUUCUCUCCCCACCACUGUGUCGAAGGCCUCACAGAAACCAGACCAUGGAAAUCAAGUAGU